AAUCUCGAAGCAGCCCUACCUCAAGUCCUCCUUGUAAGAAACGCAUCUAUUUGCGACAGUAAAAACCAAGAACAGCGCUUGCUUCCUCGUCGCCACCCCUCGUGUUAGGGUACCCAUAAUGGUGUCGGCAGAGCUGAUUGUCGCCAAGACGGCGCUGUCAGGCGCCCUCUUCCGCCCAGAUCCGCGACCAUGUUCGCGCGACGACAUCGAGACAAUGCUCGCCCUCAUCAAUUCGACUGUCUCCGAGUGCUCGCCCCCCAAUGUCCAGAGAUGCAAGCAAUGGGCUCUCUCCAACCUGGUUCCCUCGUCGGCUCGGAUCGCUCCGUUUGGCAAAUACCUGGUCGCGCUCUCCAAGUCGUUCGGGGGCGAGAAGGAUGCCGCUGUUGGAGGUUUGAGAAGAGGCCGUGUGCCGUCAGCUAAGCGUCGGCGCCUUCAUGUUCUAUACAUCCUGAACGAUAUCCUUUACCACGCGAAGCACCGCAAUCGAGACGAAGCCUUCGCCCAAACGUUGGAGCCAACACUACCCACCCUAGUCAGGAGUGCCGCAGCCUUCAACAACUGCCCGAAACACAUCCGAAAGAUUCGAGACUUGAUUGGACUGUGGGAGGAGAACGGUUACUUUUCCCGCGCUUUUGUUCAACAGCUGCGGGCGGCAAUCGACGAAGGCCCGUUGUCUAGCGAGGAGGACAAAAAUGGCAACGACGGGGACUACUCAGCGAGCGCCGUGGCCAAAGCAGCCAAGACGGCGCCGUGGGUCUUGCCAGCGACGCACGGCGACCCUUCAACCCUAUGGUACGACUUGCCCGCGGGGAACUGGCUCCCAGUCUUGGAGCCGAACUCAACCCGGCCGAUGAACCCUUCGAUGAUCAAGCCUUUGGUUCUGUCACAGGGCCCUGCCGACAAGUCUCUCGUGGCCGCCGUCAAGAAUUUGCUCGUGGAUAUCGACAAGAUCUACGGCAAGGAGGUGAAUCACGAUGAGCCACCGCCUAACGUCAGCCGACUGGGCGAGCGUGUCGAGAUAGACGAGAUAACGGGGGAGGUUGUUGACGGAGAUACGUACUACGGCUGGUCCCGCGCUUUCUGCGAAAAGAUGAAGCGUCGAAGACACGGCCGCGGUGGGCCCAGAGACCGUAGCGACGGCGAGCGUGGUAGGACUCGCUCCUCGCGAUCAUACACCCGCUCCGAGAGCCGAUCACGCAGCCGGCAUCGGCAUCGCAGCGAGCUCUCCAGCCGAAGCCCCGCCCGACCCGCCUUCAAACGCCAAAGACUGUCAGCAUCGCCGCAAAGCAGGCGUCGCAGCCGGAGCCGCAGCCGCAGCCGAAACCCGAGCGAGCUAUCCAGUCCGGGUCGACACAGGAGCCGCAGCUACCGCCGAUCACGAAGCAGGUCCCGUUCCCGCUCUCGCCGGCAAUCACCAUCCCAGUCCAGAUCUCGCAGCAGAGGAUACCCACCCCGGGACCGAGACGGGAACUACCAACCACGGAGUCCCAGCUUCUCCCCAAACCGAUCCUGGAGCCGCCCUCGAUCUCCCCCACCACACCCCAACCUCCCAGCACCACCACAUCGAAACAACAACUUCCCCCUUCCACACCCACCCCCCCCAGCCGGCAGCUGGAACCAGCACCCCCCGCCACCACACGCACCACCACCACCACCGCAGCAGCAGCAAAUGCCCUACCCCAUGCCACCCCCCCACCUCCCACCCCAGCCCGGGUUCGGCAUGGGCUUCCCAGCCCCUCCGCCACCACCGCCCCCACCACCCAACUACCAGGGCCCGUGGCCGCCCGUGCCCCCGCCAAUGCCGCCCCAGCCGCCACCGAACUAUUUCGUACCCGGUGCGCACGCGGGCCCGACCCCGCCGCCUCCUUUUCAGGGCAGUUGGGCGCCGCCGCAUCCCCAUCCGCAUGCGCCUCCGCCUCCGCCUCCGGGGCCGGGGCCGGGGCCAUUUCCGGGGGCGCAGAAUGGGAAUGGGAUGUACCAGCAGCAGGGGCAGGGGCAGCACGGGCAGGGGCAGGGGCGGGGAGGUUAUCAGGGGUGGGGAGGGUACGGGCGUGGUGGAUGGCGGUAGUUAAGGUAGCGGGGAUGGGUUUGGAGGGUGAGGUUAUAAGGGGGUUAUUAUACGUAGUGGUUGGAUGAGUUUGUAGAUGGGAACCUCCUGCCUCCCGGCU